AUGGCCUUUCAGUCUGUGCUCUUUGUUUUCUUAGCUGGACUGGUAUUUUUCUCUGAAGCUGCACCACUGGUUUCCCAUGGCUCUGUUGAUUCCAAAUGCCCUCUUAUGGUGAAAGUGCUGGAUGCAGUCAGAGGAAGCCCUGCAUCUGAUGUAACUGUUAAAGUUUUUAAACAGGCUGAAGAUGGAAGCUGGCAGGACUUUGCUGUUGGGAAAACCACAGAGUAUGGGGAGAUUCAUGAGCUCACGACAGAAGAACAGUUUGUAGAGGGAAAAUACAUGGUGAAGUUUGAAACCAGCUCUUACUGGAAGGCACUUGGGCUUUCUGCAUUCCAUGAAUACGCUGAUGUGGUGUUCACUGCUAACGAUUCCGGUCACCGCCACUACACCAUUGCUGCUCUCCUCAGCCCUUUCUCCUACUCAACCACUGCUGUUGUCACUGAUCCCCAGGAAUAA